AUGUAGUCUGAUAUCCAUGGAAAUGAGUUAGCUUUGCAAGUCAAGCCAUGUAAAAUUGGGUAAACAAUGCAGAGAAAGAUGGAUUAAUAAAUUAAAUCCAUUAGUUGA